AUGCCAGAGUUAAGGUUAAAUGAUACGGAUCAAGGAUCCUAUGAUAGAUUUAAACUGAGGUUCGGUAGUUACUAUCAAUUGCUAAAGAAUCAGGGCCAAUCUUUUAAUGAAUGGUUAAGUCAGCAACCAACAAGUAAAAGAAUAGGUAUAUAUAUUCUAAUGGUUUUGGGGGCUAUUGGUGUUAUAAUGGUAGUCAUUUUCCAUGCAGUUUUCAUCAAACUUUUGAUCUUAAUAUCACAAAAAUGGAGAGACUUACCUUAUGGUGGUGUUAUUUUAUUCAUCCUAGUAUUCUUCGUAGGAUUUCCUCCAAUAUUAGGAUUUUCUUCAUUAUCAAUUUUAUGUGGAAUGGUUUAUGAUGUUUUCCCUGGGUGGUUAUUAUUAUCAACCGCUUCAAUUUCUGGUUCAUUUGCAUCGUUUUUAACCUUCAGAUACCUUUUAAGAUCUCGAGCCGAACAAUUAUUAAAAUCCAAUGAAAAAUUCAAAGCUUUUGCUGAAAUUUUAAAACAAGAUCAAAGUUUAAUGUUAUUGAUAUUAAUCAGAUUAUGUCCUUUACCUUAUUCAUUAUCCAAUGGAGCUUUAGCAUCUAUCCCUGAGUUAUCUCCCAUAACCUACUUAUUAGCAUCAGUUUUGACUUCACCAAAAUUAUUCAUUCAUAUCUUUGUAGGGCAUCAAUUAAUUGAUAUUGGUGAUUCAGGUAAUACCACUAUGGGUAGGAUUUUUGAUGCCAUUAGUCUUGUUAUUACCGCUUGUGCUUCAGCUACCACCAUGUAUAUCAUCUAUGAUAGAAUGCAAAAGAAAUUAGAUCAAUUCCAUGCCAAUAGUUAUCAUGAUGAAAACAUUAUUUUCGGUAAUUUUGAUGAUGAUGACGAAAGUGGUAAUAAUUUGGAAUUAGAAAGCACUGAUUUUGAUGCCGAUAACUUCAUUAUAGAAGAUGAACCCGAACCAACCCAAGCUUCUGAACCUUCCAAAGCUAAAUCUGAUUUUGAUGAUGAUUUCUCUCAAGAAUUAGAUGACGUGAAUACCAGAUCUUACAGAGACUACUAA